AUGCAUAAAGAUUUCAAACAACGUUAUUCAUUACUUGCUGCUGAUGAAUCAAUAAGUUCAACAGAUGUACGAAAAUGUGCUGAAGCAAUGUUACAACGUCUUGUUAAAGAUAAUAUUUUAACAGAGGAAAAUUUUCGUCUUGGUGAAACAAAAGUUUUCUUUAAAGCAGGUGUAUUAGCACAUUUAGAAGAUGUACGUGAUGAAGCAUUAAAAAUGCUUCUAACAAAAUUACAAUCACAAAUACGAUGGUACUUAGGUUUAACCGAACGUAAACGACGUAUACAACAAAAAGCUGGUUUAUUAAUUGUUCAACGUAAUGUACGUGCAUGGUGUUCAUUACGUACAUGGGAAUGGUUUAAAUUAUAUACAAAAGUACGACCAAUGUUAAAAGAAGGAAAAAUUGUUGAAGAAAUGGAAAAAUUACAAGAAAAAUUGAAAACACUUGAAGAAACAUUACAAAAAGAAGAAAAUUUACGAAAAAAUUUGGAUGAAACAGCGAAAAAAAUGGAAACAGAAAAAGCGGAUUUAUUUGAAAAAUUGGAAACAAUCAAAAAUAAUUUGAAUAAAUCAGAAGGAAAUCUUUCACAAAUGGAAAAUGCUAAAACGGAUGCUGAUAAAAGACUUGAAGAAUUAAAUGAACAACUUGCUGAUGUUGAAGAUCAAAAUACGGAAAUACAACGUGCGAAGAAAAAGGUUGAAGGUGAAAUUGAUGCAUUAAAGAAGCAAGUUCAAGAUUUGGAAAUGAGUGUACGUAAGGGUGAAAUGGAGAAGCAAUCAAAAGAUCAUCAAAUUCGUUCAAUUCAAGAUGAAUUACAACAACAAGCCGAAUCAAUUGCUAAAUUAAACAAAGAGAUUAAACAUCAGGAAGAAAUGAAUCGUAAAAUAACGGAAGAUUUACAGGGUGAAGAAGAUAAAACAAAUCAUGCAAAUAAGAUUAAAAGUAAAUUAGAGCAAACCCUUAAUGAUUUAGAAGAUAAUUUGGAGCAUGAACGACGUGCAAAAGCGGAUAGUGAAAAAUCAAAACGAAAACUUGAAGGUGAAUUAAAAAUUACACAGGAAACAAUUGAAGAAGCAACACGUCAACGACGUGAUUUGGAAAAUAAUAUGAAACGAAAAGAAACGGAAAUGAAUGCAUUGAGUAGUCGUUUAGAAGAUGAACAAUCAACAAUAAGUAAAUUACAACGACAAAUUAAAGAAUUACAAAGUCGUGCAGCAGAAUUGGAAGAUGAAGUACAUAAUGAGCGACAAUCACGAUCAAAAACUGAUAAAGCACGUUCCGAUAUUCAACAAGAAUUAGAUGAAUUAAAUGAUCGUUUAGAUGAACAAGGUGGUGCAACAGCAGCACAAAUUGAAAUUAAUAAAAAACGUGAAGCUGAAGUUGCAAAAUUACGACGUGAUAUUGAAGAAGCUAAUAUGAAUCAUGAAAGUCAAUUAGUUACGCUACGUAAAAAGCAUACAGAUGCUAUUGCUGAAUUAACUGAUCAAUUAGAUCAAAUUCAAAAGCAAAAACAAAAAUUAGAAAAGGAUAAAUUACAAUAUACACGUAAUGCGGAAGAUUUAGCAUCACAAUUAGAUCAUGAAUGUUCAGCUAAAGUAAGCAAUGAAAAAUUAGCAAAACAAUUUGAAUUACAAUUAAAUGAUUUACAAGCACGUGCAGAUGAGCAAUCACGACAAAUUCAUGAUUAUAGUACAAUACGGAAUCGUCUUAGUAAUGAGAAUAAUGAUAUGAUAAGACAAUUGGAGGAUGCGGAAGAGCAAGUGACAACAUUACAACGUUUUAAAGCACAAUUAGUGCAACAAAUUGAUGAUAUACGUUCCGCAGCUGAUGAAGAAGUACGUGAACGUCAAGCACUUGCGGCACAAGUGAAGAAUUUACAAAUUGAAGCGGAACAAGCUCAUAAUAAUUUAGAAGAAGAAAUUGAAUCAAAGAAUGAAGUAGCACGACAAUUAAGUAAAGCAAAUGGUGAAAUACAACAAUGGCAAUCACGUUUUGAACAAGAUGGUAUGCUACAAGCUACAGAAAUUGAAGAAGCACGUCGUAAGCAAGGUGUUAAAAUUAAUGAAUUACAAGAAGCACUUGAACAAGCUAAUCAAAAGAUUAUAUCAUUGGAGAAAACACGAUCACGUCUUCUUGGUGAUCUUGAUGAUGCGCAAGUUGACGUAGAACGUGCAAAUGCUACAGCAAGUCAAUUAGAGAAAAAACAAAAAGGUUUUGAUGCACUUGUUGAUGAAUGGAAAAAGAAAGCAGAUGAUAUGGCAGCUGAACUUGAUGCUAUACAACGUGAAGUGCGUAAUUUAUCAACUGAUUUAUUUAAAAUGAAAACAACUGCUGAAGAACAUGCUGAAACAGUUGAAGGAUUACGUCAUGAGAAUAAAGCAUUAAGUAAUGAAAUACGUGAUCUUACUGAUCAACUUGGUGAAGGUGGACGAUCACAACAUGAAAUGCAAAAAAUGAUACGACGAUUGGAAAUUGAAAAAGAAGAAUUACAACAUGCACUUGAUGAAGCAGAAGGAGCAUUAGAAGCGGAAGAAAGUAAAGUAAUGCGUGCACAAGUGGAAGUUUCACAAAUACGUUCAGAAAUUGAGAAACGAAUACAGGAGAAAGAAGAAGAUUUUGAAAAUACUCGACGUAAUCAUCAACGUGCAUUAGAAUCAAUGCAAGCAUCAUUAGAAGCUGAAUCAAAAAGCAAAAAUGAACUUUUACGUAUAAAGAAAAAGCUUGAAUCUGAUAUUAAUGAGCUUGAAAUUGCACUUGAUCAUGCUAAUAAAGCAAAUGCUGAUGCACAAAAGAAUUUGAAACGUUGCACGGAACAAAUUCGUGAAAUUCAAUUACAGAUCGAAGAAGAGCAACGACAACGUGAUGAAAUGAAGCAACAUUAUUAUACUGCUGAAAAACGUGUACAAAUUUUGGAAGCUGAAAAAGAUGAAAUUACCCAAUCAUUGGAACAAGCUGAACGAGCCAGACGACAAUCUGAAUUAGAUGCUAGUGAAAGUCGUGAUCAAGCUAAUGAAUUAAAUAUGCAAGUUAGUAAUUUGAGUGCUGCAAAAAGGAAAACUGAAGGUGAAUUACAGGCUAUUCACGCAGAUAUGGAUGAAACAUUAAAUGAAUUUCGAGCAUCAGAAGAACGAAGUAAGAGAGCAAUUGCUGAUGUUGAAAGGCUUGCCGAAGAAUAUCGUCAAGAACAGGAACAUGGUUUACAUAUUGAUCGUAUGAGAAAAGGCCUUGAGGGACAAAUUAAAGAUAUGCAAAUUUGUUUAUUUUUAAUGAAUGAUUUUAAUUAA